AUGCCAUUUAAGAAUUUAUUUAAUUCAUCUUCAUCAUCGUCUUCAUUAGUUUCAAAUAAUAAUAAUAAUAUUAAUAGUACUAAUAGUAAUAAUACUAAUAGUAAUAAUAAUAAUAAUAAUAUUAAUAAUAAUAACCAUUUUGAUGAUGUAAAAUCUAAUAAUUCCUCACACAGAUCAUUUUUAAAAUCCAAAAAUUCUUCAAAUUCAAUAUCUCCAAUACUGACGACUUCAAAAAACUCGGUUAAUAAUGGUAAUAAUCAUAUAAAUGGAAAUGUUCCACGACAGUGUCAUAAUGGAAAUAUUAAUAAUAUUAAUAAUAAUAUUAAUAGUAAUAAUAAUAAUAAUAAUAAUGGUCAUAUAAAUAUAAAUAGUAAUGGUCAAGUUAAUAGUACAACGCAUAUGUACCAUCCUAAAAAUAAUACUAAUAAUAAUAAUAAUAAUAAUAACAAUAAUAAUAAUAAUACUAAUAAUAAUACUAAUAAUACUAAUAAUAAUAAAAAUAGUAAUAAUAAUAAUCGUCAUCAUCUCCAAUCUACUCCAUUACAAUAUAAUACUACUUCUAUAAGUAGUACAAAUACUCAAUCUUCUUCAUCAUCAAAUCAUUCUCAUUUAUCACUAAAACGUUUUUUCAAAAAAUUUAAACAUGAUAAUAAUAAAACUAAACAUUCAUCAACAACACCUCCACCGCCAGUUAAUAACAGUCUAACUUCAAAUGAAAAUUUAUUUAUUAAAUAUGGUAAACCUGGUAAAUUAUUAGGUACUGGUGCAAGUGGUUCUGUUAAUUUAAUUAAAAAUCCACAAAAUCCAAAUAAAGUUUAUGCUGUUAAAAAAUUUCGAAGUCGUUUACCAAAUGAACAAGAAGCAGAUUAUAAAAUAAAAGUAAAUAAUGAAUUUAAAAUAUCUGAUCAUUUACAUCAUCAAAAUAUAAUAAACACUUUUGAACUUAUAAAAGAUUAUUCGAGAGUUAAUAAAUAUAUUGUUGAUCCUGAUUACUUUAUAAUUAUGGAAUAUUGUCCAUUUGAUUUUUUUAAUUUAGUUAUGAGUGGAUUAAUGGAACAAUAUGAAAUUCAUUGUUAUUUUAAACAAAUUAUAAAUGCUGUUUCUUUUUUACAUGAAAAUGGUUUAGCUCAUCGAGAUUUAAAAUUAGAUAAUUGUGUUGUUUCAAAUCAAGGUAUAUUAAAAUUAAUUGAUUUUGGAUCUGCUGUUCAAUUUAGAAAAGAAGUACCUAAUGGUUAUUUUGUAACUUCUGAUGAUAUAAUGUUAAGUGAUAAACAUAAAUUAAUUAAAGCAAGAGGUGUAGUUGGUUCUGAUCCUUAUUUAUCUCCUGAAGUAUUUGAACCUUUGGGUAUUGGUUAUGAUCCAAGAGGUGCUGAUGUUUGGUCAGUUGCAAUUAUAUAUUGUUGUAUGAUUUUAAAAAGAUUUCCGUGGAAAUUACCAAAAUUAUCUGAUCCAAGUUAUAGAUCAUUUGCAGGUCCACAAUUAAAUGGUCAAGCUCAAAAUCAUUCUUCAGAUGAAGAUAAUUCACAUAAUAGACAUCCUCAUCAUCCAAUUGUUGGACCUGAUAGAUUAUUAAAAUUAUUACCACAAGAAUCAAGAAAUUUAAUUAAAAAAAUGUUAAUAUUAGAUCCAAAACAAAGAAUAUUAAUGAAUCAAGUUAAAAAUGAUGUAUUUAUACAAUCUAUUAAUGAAUGUAAAGUUGAAAAUCAUUUAACUGAUUAUGAAACUGUUAUAAAUUCAAAUAAUCAUAAACAUCAUUUAAUAACUGAAGAAGAAUUGAAAAAGAUUACUUUUGAAAGAGAAAGAAUGAAGAAAUUAAAAGAUGCAGGCGUUGCGUAA